CGUUGCCGAGGGGUGGGACAGAUCAGAAGGCGGCAGGCCAGCCUCCCCUCCUCAGUCGUACUCGUGGCGCCUCCUCAGCCCCACCCAUGUCCCCCGCCUCCUGCCUCGCCCCUCCCCCUCCACGCCUCCCAUGCCCUAGGGUUCGGCUCCCACCUCCCUCCUCCACCACCGCCGCUAGGCAGUUGCUCGUCUUCGGGCCUUGGAGCGCGAGGUCUCCAGCCAAGGGAUGGAGAUUGGUGCACGUCUCAUGCUUCAGGCAGGACCAGGAUGGGCCAACAACAUUUGAUGAUGGUAGUGACUUCAACUGCAUUGCACAAUCGGUGAGUCCCUGGGCUGCGGAGCCGAAAGAGGAAGAGGCGGAAAGCACCAAUGAGGAGGAGGAGGAGCAGAAUUCCAAGGAGGGGGAUUGGUUCGUCCGAGUGCAGAAGAUAAAAGAAAAUUUACAGGGCAGAAUAUUAAGAUUUCAGACUGAACACUGGACGGUACCUUGGACUGGUGAAACCAUUGCUCAGGUCAUGAUUUUAUGGAUUGCCACAUUUUGGCUUGUGGGUUCCUGGAUAGUGCCAUUCUUGGCUCAUGCUGCUGGCUUUAGCAAGGAAACAUUGACACACAGGGGCCAAGCACUAUAUAGCCUCUUGACGGACAUAACUGAAGGCCUUGCUGGGAUUGCUAUCCUUCACCAAUGCCUUGGUAGAUUUCGUCCCCUUCCUCGAGGCUGGUUUGAGUUCAAUUUAAAGGGCAGAUGGCAUUUGGAUGUAGCAUUGGGGUGCCUGUUAUUCCCACUAGUCAAUUUGCUCUCUCACAUCAAUAUCAGCCUAGUUCCAAUGUCACCAGGUCCAGUUGCCGGGGUGUCCAGUGUAGAACAAUCCAUUGUGGCCCGUGACCCAGUGGCGAUGGCCUUAUAUGCUGUGGUAGUCACUGUAUGUGCACCUAUAUGGGAAGAGAUUGUAUUCCGAGGUUUCCUUCUUCCUUCUCUAACCCGGUACAUGCCACUUCCAUGGUCGAUCCUAGUAAGUGCUGCAGCUUUCGCACUCGCACACUUCAAUGCACAGAGGGUAAUGCCCUUGAUAUUUCUUGGGGUAGUGAUGGGAGGGGUCUUUGCAAGAUCGCGUAACUUAUUGGCAUCUAUGGUGCUGCACAGCCUGUGGAAUGGCUUUGUGUUUUUGGAUUUGAUGAAGUGAGGUAUGCCGAUAUUGUUGCUUCAGUUCAGGCUUGGACAUCUCCUGUGGAGUAACAUCUGACUAUGUUUUGAUCUUCCAUGGAGAAGAUAGAAACUACUCCAUUCAUGAUGAUAAGGAGUCGUUUAAUACAACGUCUAAGUAGAAGAAAUCAGGUAGGGUGAAGAAACGAGGGAACAAUCAGUGCUCCUAGUGCAGAAAAAUAGACAACAGAAGACAGGGUUUUGCAGGAUUUUUUUGUAGGGUGAUGCAUUGUUGCGGUUGUAGGAACUGUACCCAGAAGCAUCGUUGUUGCCUUCAUGUAAAUUGUGUACGCGGGCGAAGAAUUGUCUCGUGUAUAGAAUUCCCAAUCCAUAUUCAACUGUGUAUUCGAUUCCUUGUUAUGUGUUCUCUCAGGAAGGAAAUUCUUGAUUUUUGUCAUUUAAUGGCACACCUAGAACACCUGUAUGUGAUCCACCAUUCUUUUUUGUACAUUGGAUCAAUAAAGCUGUAGAGUAUUCUAAACUCCA